CAUCGAUUGGCCAUCCCCAAUCUCCUUCCUUUCCCCUGUAUAUUCUGGAUGAGCUGAAUGGAAGAAGCUAAGUUGCUGUUGGAUGGCUUGACGAUGUGGACGAUGUGCAAGCGCCUCAAGCUGUCAUUUUUCAUUUUGGCUACAUUGAGAACUUCUUGUCAGCCUUUCUGGUCCACACCAUAGACCAUCGGGUAUUCAAAUGACUGCGCUUAUGAAGGAACUGCGCUUGCGAAGCGUGAAAUCCAGCUUUCUUCAAAUCUCAUUCAGCUUCUGUCUUCGGGCAAGCUUGGUUCACUUCCCCUUGGGCAUGCAUGCUUGUGGCAUCUACAAAAGAUCCCUGCGGCCAAGUGAGUCUCCGUGCCAUGGAAGAUGACCUCCAGCACUUCGCUAGAGGUGACAUGGUGCUUCGAAUGCAAAGAGCGCCAGGGGAAAUACAAGUUGAUGUGCUCCAGUCCGGGGUGCCAGCAGUUCCGGGGGAGGCUCUACCUUUGUACGUCCUGCUGCAGCUUUUGUCCAUUUUGCGAAACCCCCUUGCGUUCAGAGGAGUUGUUAACCGCCAGUGGCCCUCGAACUCUUGAGACCCUCCAGACUCACAGUUCGGGUGCCCCGGUUGGGAAGGGGAAGGCUUCCCGACAGAAAGGUGGGAAAGCAAAGGGAAAAGGUCAGGAGAAUGGUGCCGGCAAAGGGACACAUCGAAAUAGACUUCAAUGGAUGCCAGUCAGUGAGAUCAGUGAGGAGAGAGUGAUGGUGCCUGGAUAUGCUAUUGGCACAGUCGUUGGGCAGAAAGGCAGCCAGUUAAAGGCCUUAAAGUCCGAGCAUCCUCGUCUCUCGAUUUCGGACCAAAAGACGGAAUGGGAAGAAACCUUCGUAGGGCAGCGCUCACAUCAAAUGGUGGUGGUGAUCCGCGGCAGUGCGGAGGAAGUAGAUACAGCAAAGCGAAAGGUGCAAAUGUUAGUAAAUCGAGCUGGUGCAUCGCACAAAGCUCCACAAAGGCAUAACGUUCUGAUCGGCGUAGCACAUGCUCUGUGUGCCAAAUUGGUGCCGGUGGCGGCUUUGGAGGCCUUCUAUGUUUGCCCCAUCCAAUUUCGGCAGACAUACCCUUUCAGCGGGAACCUUUUCGUCUUGGAGAAGAUCUCUGAUGCGUCUCAGCAACAUCAUGUGCUUUUCAACGGGAAGUACAAGUAUUGCUCUGAACUUUUUGAUUGGAUGUCCUUCCAUCCAGCUUUCCAAAGGUUUUUGACGGAGACACCAGAUGUGAAGCUCUCGGAUGCCAGGGUUUCUGUUCGCUUGGGCCAGCUUUUCUUUUGGGGUCCCGACUCCGACCGUCCAUUAUUUUCACAGCCGGGUGGCAUUGACCAACUGAGUUACAAGGAGUGCAAAUCACAGUUUGCUGCUCGGUUGAAAGAAGAGGUGCAGACAGCCCUGGACGUUGUCUUGAAGCAGUGUAGCUUUGUGCUUUGUCAACGUUUGUUGAAUAUCACCAUCUACGUCAAGCCGGAGAAUGACGGGGAGAAGCGGGAGGUGACCUUCUUCGAUCCUUUGAGCACCACGGCACGGGCAGAAGAGAUGCGACGCAUCUGGAGGUGUACGUCCCAUGCUGAGGUUUUGCGUCUCACAGAGAUGGCAAGUCCUGCACCUGAACGUGUUGGCCUUGCAAGAAGGAGCUUGGAACAUUUGCUGCAUCCUUCGCACAAUGAGUUCAGCGGGUGUUGGUGCGUGAUGGACAUCAUCAAGGAGUCGGCAGAAGGUAUGCAGACGAAGAUGGACUUCCGACCUCCGUCGAUGCUGAUGUCCAUAGAGGAAGCCCUGGCUGUUCGUCCACCGUACUCGAAGAUGCUGUUUGAAGCUGGCCAUGGCCUGCAAACAUUCAGUGCGAAGACGGCCACUGAGAGGCUCUUCCGAGGGGAUGUUUGUCGGCUUGGCCAUGCUCCGGACUUUCGGAUGUCUGUGACGUCCAGUCCAGAGGUCAAACGGCUAGAAGAGCCGCUGAUCAAUGCCUUGAAAGCCUUGGAUGUGCAAUGCCGUGAGAUCUGGCAGGAUAAAGCAAAGCUCAUUGAAGCCUUUGCUAGCAGCCCUUUGCCAUCUGGCUGGCGGUUGCAGUGUGUGACAUGUCGUGACGAGUGUGUUUGGAUGGAUCCACAGGAAAAUCUCGAGGUGAAUGUGUCCAAGAUCGCCGAGGUCACAGAUUUGAGCAAACCCAAGGAGCAGUCUUCUGCAAAGAACUAUGAGAUUCGCUUUUCCUCAGAGCAAGCGACGGAGGCAGUUCGAGGGAAAUGCGAUGAUGCAUGGCAGCACAUGAUGGAACUUUUGUCAUCAGUGCAAUUGCUUCAUGGCUCCCUCCAGGAUGAGCUGGAAAAACACUUGCUGGCUUCACAGAGUUGAAGCUUGGCAACGCUGUAGUCUUAUGAUGGUCAAUGGUC